AUAUCUUAGAUAGAAGAAACACCAGAAUACAUCAGUGAAAGUGACUAUGAAGACAUCAACAAAGAGUCGACACGGUCUGAAGACUUUCAAGAUGACCGGCGUGUUGCCAUUGACGAGAAAAAAGAAAAACUCCUGUACGAAGAACCCGACGGAAAUACAUCAAUGAAGUUAAAGGUGGAAACGGCUCCGCUGAAAAGACAGCCGAGUUGUGACUCUCUCUUCAGCGGGAAGCACCACAAGCCCGCCGCCGUAUGGAGGCCGUACGGCCCGCCGCUGUACGGGUACGGCUCCGCCCUGAACCCGCCGCGCAGGAAAGGGUCGGACACGCUGGUCAUCCUCGCCGCCAUCUUCUACUGCCUGGCCGUUCUUACUGCUGUGGUAUUAGCUAUCUUAUUCAAGACCAACGUCCUGUCAGUCUACACUACCCCGGAGCCCGUGCCCGCCUGGGUUCAGCAGUUUUCCCCGGAGAUGCAGAGGUGGUACCGGUUGGCGCUGGCCGGAGGGCGGGACGCAUCGGAGAUACAGCCUCCCGGCACCGUGCAGCAGCCGGCCCUGUCGCCACCUGUGGAAGAGUUUUGCGGCAACACGUCCCUCCCCCAGUCGCUCCCAGACCUACGUCACGGCAACUUCAGUUGCAACACCAUCGCCUACUACAACAUCCAUGUGCGCAUGUGCAUCGCCAAGUGUCACGUGGGCUACCAGACCGACGACGCAGGCCUGUUGUUCUGCAACCGCGGAAGAUGGGCGCCGAUCCAGCCCGAAGUCGUGUCGACACUCGUCGGCGUCGGUCGGGCUGCCGACACCAUGCCGAACACCGACCCUCGGGUGUUCGAUUACCUCGGUAUCCCCGACGAAAUGUACGCGGACGUGGCUUAUAACAUUUUAGUAAAGUUAAAAGAAGUCCCCAACCUUUCUGUCGUAAAUACAUAUCUAGACAUGGUAUCGGAGGACAACAUCAUCGAUUUUGACAUGAUGCGGCAGUUGCUGAUCUGGGUCGGUCCAAGUAUCGAGGACAAGAUUGCCAACCUGGACUUCCUUGAGGUUCUGUCUCAUCUAGAAACGUUUGGGGCGACCAGGCAUCCAGUGUGCAAAACCGUGGUCUGUGGAGGAGACUUUGGGAAUUUAGCUCAUGGCCAAGUCAAUAGCAGCAUAACCACGUACCAGUCAGAAGCCCGAGUAGUCUGUGAGCGAGGCUACCUGCCCCGGCACCCUGUAUUGACCUGCACGGUUUCAGGACAAUGGGACAAACCCGCACUGUGCGACCCAGGUAAGGUGCUGAUGUGA